CACGAUUAAAAUUGGGAUGUUGGUUACUUUAAAAACGUCCUUUAUUCGCGGUAUAUUGUGGCCUACAGAUUUUGUGACCCGCACAAAUCCAUAUAAGGACUGUUUACUUUAUCAGCAUGAUUGGUUCAAAAAUUCCGAAGUUUUAAAGACCUUUUAUAUGGAAUUUGAAGCAAUAUUUAUAUCAUUGGAGAAUAACUACCCAUAUUCUUAUUCUGAGUACGAAAAUGAACCAGUGAAAAAAGUCGGCUAUGAUACGAGGAGAAAGAAAUUGAACAAUCCUUUAUGCGUCCUGCUAUUUCCCUCGUAA